AUGGAAGAGACACAGACUUCAUCAGACUUGCAAGCCAUGACUGCCGCAGCGGUAGCUGCCUCUAUGAAGAAGGAUUUUUCCAAAACGUUACUGACGGAACAUGACACCGCAAAGCCCAUAUCCAAAAGGGCCCAUUACGUGGCAGAUUCAGAGGACUCUGACUCCUCCAGGGAACGGAUCUCAACCUAA